AAAAUUCCUGCAGCCACUAUGAUAAUAAAGGCAGCUCCUACAGCUAAACAAAUACCAAUCUUUGCAAUUGUUGAAAGUGAAUCAAUGUAUAAAUUAGAGUUUAAUACUAAUUGUGCUGAUGAAGGCUGUGGUGUUGUAGAAACAAUUGAACCUAAGCAUAGCAUAACAUUGAACAUUAAAUUAGAACUUUAUUAG